UCCAAGUAGUACAAAUUCAUCUGUAGAAGGGGAAAAAGAAGGUGAGAUAUGGUUUGAGUCUUAAAAAGUAAAAAAAAAAAAAAUGUUCUGUGAGAAAUACCAUUCACCUUACUUUGUUGACUGGGGAGGAAGCACCACUGAGUCAAUCAUGUUUCUUGUUUCAUCUCUUUCCUAUAGUGAUCCGUCAACAUGAGUACGGACGCGGAGAUGCAAAUCUACGGCAAGGCUGCCAUAUACCUCCGUAAGCCUGAGAAGGAGAGGAUGGAGGCACAAGCCGCACCCUUUGAUUCAAAGAACGCCUGCUAUGUGUCAGACACCAAGGAGCUGUACCUUAAGGGUCUGGUCACUGCCAGGGCUGACGGGAAGUGUACUGUAACAGUCACGAAUCCUGACGGCACUAAGGACGUAAGCCUGAUUUUAAAAGUAUUAAAGUUAGAGUUUAUGCAUGUACUCUAUUUCUUUUUAAAAAAUGAAGAAGAAGAAUCAAAAACAUGCCAAUAGGCUAAAUGAAAUCAGUAACAAAAGAUAAAUUAAGAAGCAUUGCUUUGUUUUGUUGUAAGCAGACCAUAACCUUCAAACGUGGCAUUUUUCAUAUUGACUAGUCAAUGUCGGUGGGUGAAAGCAAAGUAGUUUAAUUAAAUGGUUUAAAAAAUAUGUUUUUAAGAGAUUGAACUUCAAUUAUUUAAUGAUCAAAAAGCAUUCAGUCAUGUCCAGUUUGAUCUGUGUAAUCUAGAUUUCUGACUGUUUCAGGAAGGAAAAGAGUUCAAAGACGCAGACGUCUACCAGAUGAACCCCCCUAAGUACGACAAGAUUGAGGACAUGGCCAUGAUGACCUACCUGAAUGAAGCCUCUGUGUUGUAUAACCUCAAAGAGCGUUAUGCAGCAUGGAUGAUCUAUGUAAGAAACCAGCACAUACACACACACACAAACACACAAACACACACACACACACACACACACACACAUACAGUACUACAUAUAAAUGAAUGGUAGAAACCAAAACAUAUCAAUACAGUAGACCCACACAAGUAUACAACCACAUCCUUACAUAAAUCCAGGUAAAAGUCCAUCUGACUUCGUUAAUCACCUAAUUUAAUUUAAUCCCUUUCAUCCAGACCUACUCUGGGCUCUUCUGUGCCACGGUGAACCCCUACAAGUGGCUCCCCGUGUACGACAUGGAGGUUGUUAACGCCUACAGAGGGAAGAAGAGGAUGGAGGCUCCACCCCAUAUCUUCUCCGUCUCUGACAACGCCUUUCAGUUCAUGCAGAUUGGUACGAGCUCUCAUGGAUGGAUGGAUGGAUGGAUGGAUGGAUGGAUGGAUGGAUGGAUGGAUGGAUGUCCAUAAAUGCAUAUGGAACUCAAAGUCCAUAAGUGUUUAUGGAUGAACGGAUGGAAGCAUUGAUGGAAAUUUAAAAAUGCUUUAGAGAGGUACACACUUAAAACAAAUGGUUAUAUGCACUGCUAAAUAAUCAGGUGUGCUAGCUUUGGAACAUCUGGGGGUUCCUACAGAGAGAAUUGAAUACCACUGAUUCAGACAACACUGCUCACUGACAUAAGGCCACACCACACUAGUCUUACACAAGACAAGCACUGGCCAUAUUCUCAUUUAAAAUAAAUGGCAAUACACAACACAUUAGAUCAACUGGAAUGACACUCUCACUCACGGUUGCACAAAAAUAGCUGUACGUAAACCACACCCCAAAAUAUUAGAAUGAGCUGCCGCGCUGACGUUUGAAUUAUCGCUAAAAGAGGGAAAAACCAUUUUGAAUGAACCCUAUGAAUGCAUCAAUGUACCCAUAAUGUUGCUUGAGUAUGAUAAGCAAUUUGUUUUUUGGUUACAGAUAAUGAAAACCAGUCCGUCCUGAUUACGUAAGUUGUUUACUAUAAUUCACUUGAGAAGGUGUUUCUAUUGUAAUAUGUUGGGUCACAUGACAUUAUGAAUGGAUUAGGUCACUUGGUGUGAUGAAAUACAUGACAUUAUGAAUAUUAUGGCUAUGUGUAAUAAUGAGUCGAUGAGUGGGAAUAUUGGUUAAUGAUUUACUUAUGUUAGAAAACAGGUCAACAGUGUAUUUUUUCCAAUGCUCGUCUUUCUCUGGCAUAUAAACCAGUGGAGAAUCCGGUGCAGGAAAGACUGUCAACACCAAGCGUGUCAUCCAGUACUUCGCCACCAUUGCAGUGUCUGGUGCCAAGAAGGAAGCAGACCCCAACAAAAUGCAGGUAGGUUGUGCUCAUGUUUCCUUUAUAACACAUUUCCAUUUGGUUGGCAGUAUCAACUUGUUUUUCCAUCGGUGAAUCAUGUUUCAAGAAAAGUGCCCAAGAAAUUGAGAAAAACUAACUUUACCACUUUACCAGUUUCUGAGCAACUUGUGUUUGUCUCAAUCAGGGGUCUCUUGAGGAUCAGAUCAUUGCAGCUAACCCUCUGCUGGAGGCUUACGGUAAUGCCAAGACAGUGAGGAACGACAACUCGUCUCGCUUCGUAAGUAUGAAGUACUGUGAAAGUUACCUUAUAUUGGAAAAAUGUAUUUCAGUAGUUUCCUGUUGUUAUAUCAAUAAAUGUCGAACAAACUGUAACAUUUAAAGGGGUCUUUCAAAGUAAAAUGUUAGAUUUGCUUUGUUGACCUAUUUCUAACCCCCAUGCUCUACUAUAGGGUAAAUUCAUCAGGAUUCACUUCCAAGGUGGCAAACUGGCUAAAGCUGACAUUGAGACCUGUGAGUUGGUUUUGAUUGUUUCUCAAGACUUUCCUGAAUUCACGCUGAUUCUUUUUUGGAGAUUGUGUCAUCAAAUUACAUUUUAUCUCAUGUUCUCUCUCUCUCUCUGUCUCUGUCUCUCUCUCGCUCUCUCUCACUCUCUCUCGCUCUUUCUCUCUCAGACCUGCUGGAAAAGUCCAGAGUGUCCUUCCAGCUGCCCGAUGAGAGAGGCUACCACAUCUUCUUCCAGAUGAUGACCAACCACAAACCUGAGAUUGUUGGUACGGCAAAGUAGUGGUUCAGGGGAAAUUAUUCCCACCCAUAUCUGUGGAAUUUAUUUUAGAAAAAUCAUAGUCCACCUUAUGAAUACUAUUACCAGUGAGAACAUCCAAGGUAACAAGGCAUCUGGACAUGGGUCAGGUCUUUAGGAAAUAUCUAUCAAGUAAUGCACUGUGAUGCACAAGUCCACAAGUCUCAGUCCCCUCUUUUGAUGCUAUUUAUUAUAUACUACAUGUAUCCUUGAGUCCAUCUACUGAGUAAAGGAGGAAGAGAAACUGUAAAGGUAAGACAGCAGCAUUCUAAGAGAUUUAACUGACAAGCCGUUCUCCGUUGUCCACAGAAAUGGCGCUCAUCACCACCAACCCCUACGACUUCCCCAUGUGCAGCCAGGGUCAGAUCACUGUGGCCAGCAUCAACGACAAGGAAGAGCUGGAUGCCACAGACGUGAGUCAAACCAAGGGUUAACCAAACUCUGGAAUGGGUAGGACCACCAUUCACACCGAAUGACCUGUGCAAUUCCAAAUUGGUGGCUGCUGGGAAUUUAUGUAUUUUUUUUUGUUGUUGUUAGAUUCUAAAUACCUUGUGUAGGUUAGGCAUGUCCGUCAGGGCACUCUUCAUGACUUCACACUUCACCUUGAUGCACAUGCAUGUAAGACAUCCACAAGAGAGCGCCACUAAGUGCCCUGUGAAAAUGUGGAAAACUCCUUUUGUGCUGUCAUCUACUAGUGUUGGCCAAGCGUACUCAUGAGGAACAGAGAAGACAGUCAAAUCUAUCCAUCCCAUUUGUUCUGGAGUGACCACAGAACUGUAGUGUAGUGUAACUGGGCAAACUACCGGUCAGUUCAUCAACGUUGUGCUUCCUCUCUAAUGCCAGGAUGCCAUUACAAUCCUGGGCUUCACUAAUGAGGAGAAGAUGGGCAUCUACAAGCUGACAGGAGCUGUACUGCACCAUGGAAACUUGCACUUCAAGCAGAAGCAGCGUGAGGAGCAGGCCGAGCCAGACGGCACAGAGGGUGAGUCCCACUCAUAGAUAUACAACAUGUAAAGCAGACAGUGUCACUAAAACUUCAACCUCCAGAAAUUAUUUGAAAUGAUGGAUGUGGGUGAAAAUCUAAACCAAACCCACAAAAGAGUUUGGCCAAACUAUUUUGUCAGUGCGGCAUCAGAAACAAGCGAUCUUGUGUGCCUGAGUCUGUCGUUGUUGGUUCUCUCUCCAGUGGCUGAUAAAAUCGGCUAUCUGCUGGGCCUGAACUCAGCUGAGAUGUUGAAGGCUCUGUGCUACCCCAGAGUGAAGGUCGGCAACGAGUACGUGACCAAGGGACAAACUGUGCCUCAGGUAAGGCGACCAAACACAGCAUCUACCAUUUUCUGAGCGCCGGAAAUCUUUUGGGGACCAGUGUAUAUAUAUUUUUCUUUCUAGUGAUGAUGUUUUUCCCCAAGCUCUUAUCACCUUAUCACUAGACAUGUUCAAUAUCUCCUGUAUUAAUUUGAGGUAUUAUCAUUGCAGGUUAAUAACUCAGUCAGCGCUCUGGCGAAGUCUAUCUAUGAGAGGAUGUUCUUGUGGAUGGUCAUCCGUAUCAACGAGAUGCUGGACACCAAGAAUCCAAGGCAGUUCUAUAUCGGUGUGCUUGACAUUGCCGGGUUUGAGAUCUUUGAUGUGAGUAUGAGACCAGAACAAGACAAUUAGUUGUGAUUGAGAUGGAUUACAGCCUUGUAUGAUGUAAUGAUCCCUUUUAAAACUCCACCAACAGUACAACAGCAUGGAGCAGCUGUGCAUCAACUUCACCAAUGAGAAACUGCAACAGUUUUUCAACCACACCAUGUUCGUCCUGGAGCAAGAGGAGUACAAGAAGGAGGGAAUCGUCUGGGCCUUCAUUGACUUCGGCAUGGACUUGGCUGCCUGCAUUGAGCUUAUUGAGAAGGUAAGCUGUCUGUAAGGAUUAUAAUGGACUGCAACAGCAAAGCUCAUAGGAGCGCUGUGUGAGAUAUUAUCACAGUGGUAAAACGUUUCUGACUGUUGAGAAUUCAAUACGUUUCCUAUGAUGUGCCUCUAAAUGAAUAUAAUCCUAUAAAAGCAUGUUUACUAAAGGAAUAAAUGUGAUCCUAAAUGUAAAUAUUACUAAUUUCAUAUACAUCUCUUUUUUCGUGAAGCCAUUGGGCAUCUUCUCCAUCCUUGAAGAGGAGUGCAUGUUCCCCAAGUCUUCAGACACUACCUUUAAGGACAAGCUGUAUGCCCAGCAUCUUGGCAAAACCAAGGCAUUUGAGAAGCCCAAGCCUGCCAAGGGCAAGGCAGAGGCCCACUUCUCCCUGGUGCACUACGCCGGUACUGUGGACUACAACAUCACGGGCUGGCUGGAGAAGAACAAGGACCCCCUGAACGAUUCAGUUAUUCAGCUGUAUGGGAAGUCCUCAGUUAAACUGUUGGCCGCCCUGUACCCCGCUGCCCCACCUGAGGGUAAGACUAGCAUACGUUACAACAUUUUCUUUCAAGUCUUUUGAAUGUAUCGCAAAUUCUCAGGCUUAUUCACUGGGUUCAUUUACUCAUACAAUAGGUGUUAUUUUACACAAUCUCAUUGGCAGCAUUUUGCAUUAAAGAUAAGUAUGAAGUUAACCAGAGAUUCUCUUAUUUAUAUUUAGUGUGCUUGCUGAAGGAAAGACCAUUCUAGAUUUCUUACAUACUCGUAUUAUUAUUCCGCUCUCAGAAGUAUACUUGUGUAGUUAUAUUGUACUUUCCCCAUUUUAACAGAUAACACCAAGAAGGGAGGCAAGAAGAAGGGUGGUUCCAUGCAGACUGUGUCCUCCCAGUUCAGGGUGAGCUUUUGACAUUUGUAUAUUCAUUCCUUCAAAAGGUGCAUUGAAUAUCAUAAAUUAUUUCUGAGAAAAUGGUUUGUAACCCUCUUACAGGAGAACUUACAUAAGCUGAUGACCAACUUGAGGAGCACUCAUCCUCACUUUGUGCGCUGCCUGAUCCCCAACGAGUCAAAGACUCCAGGUACCAGAAAUAUUUAGUUAAAUAUUACAUCUUAUCAGUACAGUAUCAGUAACCUUAAUGAGCCCAAUCUUUAAGCUGUUUAUGAGUAUUAAUAGAGACUUGAUCUGUUUUACCAGGUCUGAUGGAGAACUUCCUGGUUAUCCACCAGCUCAGGUGUAAUGGUGUACUGGAGGGUAUCAGGAUCUGCAGAAAGGGCUUCCCCAGCAGAAUCAUCUAUGCUGACUUCAAGCAGAGGUACAAGCACAGAAACCCAAAUGUGCACACAAACACAUGCGCACGCGCACACACACACACACACAAGCCCGAACACACACACACACAGAUACACAGAUCUGCUCCAAGGGUUUUCCCAACAUCAAAACAGGCUUUUUACUUUUUACGUAAUAUAACCAACCUAUUACAACUUGACAUAUGUUGAAACUGUCUCCUCGUUCAGGUACAAAGUACUGAAUGCCAGUGUCAUCCCCGAGGGCCAGUUCAUGGACAACAAGAAGGCUUCUGAGAAGCUGCUUGGGUCCAUUGAUGUGAAUCAUGAGGAUUACAAGUUUGGACACACCAAGGUCAGUCACCUACCCCCAGCAAAAGCUGACAAUAAAACCCUAACCUUUCAAUGGGUCUCCAGUUGGCCUAUCCAUUUUUUUUCUUUCUUUCUUCUUCAUUUAACUCAUGGAAAAUGUGGAAAACAUCAUACAGUUUUGUUCUUCGAUGUCAUACAUCACAAGUAUAGAAGAGAAACUAAACUCAUUAUUCAUCUACAACUGUACAAUAACUUACAACUUAUAAACAACCUAUCCCAUGGUUUGUUUGUAAGCAUUGCAAUGUUUGUGUUGUUUAAAUCAAUCUAGUGGUGUUGUUUCCAGUUCUGUCGCCAUCUGACUGUGGUUCCGUAAUUGACCAUGUUAACCUGUCUCUCAGGUGUUCUUCAAAGCCGGUCUGCUGGGUGUCCUGGAGGAGAUGAGAGAUGAAAAGCUGGCCUCUCUGGUUGGCAUGGUCCAGGCUCUCAGCCGUGGAUUCCUCAUGAGGAGAGAGUUCACCAAGAUGAUGGAGAGGAGGUGAGGAAUAGUGGACAUCUUGGCAAAAAAUGUCUGUCAACAACCUGUAUCUAAUGCAUUAUGAUUACAUACGGUAUAUGCUGUGAGUUGUUCACAAUGAGAAAGUAUGACUUAAAAUGCUCUAUUAUAGCUGUAGUUUGGGAUUUGGCAAGCUGUUCAGUUGUCAUUUACCCAUUAAUUCUUGAAGAAUAUAAAAUGCCUCAUGAGCUUGCAUCUAUCUAGAGCGCAGUCUAUGAAUUUAAGAGGGGUUACAUUUCCCUAGCCCUAUCCCUCAGCUGUACACAAAGUGGUGGUGGGGGGGGGGCUCCAUUUUUGUUGUUCUUCGAAUUCCAGAAUGUAGCUUUAUUAAACAUGCCACUCACCAUGCCACUCACCAUGCCACUCACCAUGCCACUCUGUCCUUUCUGUCGACCAGAGAUGCUGUCUUCACCAUCCAGUACAACAUCCGCUCAUUCAUGAAUGUGAAAACCUGGCCAUGGAUGAAGGUGUACUUCAAGAUCAAGCCCCUGCUGAAGAGCGCUGAGACUGAGAAGGAGCUGGCCAACAUGAAGGAGAACUAUGAGAAGAUGCAGACGGACCUGGCCAAGGCACUGGCCACGAAGAAGCAGUUGGAGGAGAAGUUGGUGUCCCUGGUGCAGGAGAGGGCAGACCUGGCGCUCCAAGUAGCAUCUGUGAGUGAGAACGACCCUCAUAAUUUACUCACACAUGAACACAAACACAAACACAGACACACACACAAUCACACAGACAGACAGUGAGACACACACACACACACACACACACACACACACACACACACACACACACACACACACACACACACACACACACACACACACAUAAGAACAGACACGUACACUGUGACUCACUGUCUCCCCUAGAGUCUCCCUAGGGGAGCUAAUUUCCUGCACUUCUACACAUUCUGCCAUGGGGCAGAGAACAUUUUACAGUUUUAAAGCUAGUUUCCUGCACUUCUACACAUUUUGUCAUGGGGCUGAUGGCUGAGAGAGAAAAAAUCCAGUUUUAAAGCCAAUUUCCUGCAAUUCUACAAUUUUUUUGCCAUGGCUUAUGCUGUGUUCUUACGCUAUCUGAGUGACUUAAACAUUAUAACAAAAUGUUUGACAUUUUGGGAAUUUUAGAUUCUACCUGACUGUCAAGUUUUUAUUUUGGUGAUUGUAAGUUCUCAAAGAUGAUACUAUAAAAAAAAAAUAUAUAUAUAUAUAUAUAUAGCUCUAUUAUAUUUUAACACUUUAGUCAUUUAAGUUUAAACUGAAGAACGUUUUACCAUCCCUAAAAUAAAAAAAAUAAAAAAUAAAACUUUUGGGGGGAGUGGCAACAACUAAAUGAACAUAGGGGAAACACUGCUGUGUUGUAUGUGCUAACUCACAUUUAUUUGUGUUACCCAUGUUACAUAUAUAUUUCAAGCAUUUAUAUUGAUUUGCUCUGACCUAUUUGACUAAAUUAAGUCUAUAUUUGGAUACACAAAGUGAGGCCGUAGAUUUUUUUCUCCCUGUUCUGAAACCAGGAUUCAGAGAAUCUGAACGAUGCUGAGGAAAGGUGCGAGGGGCUCAUCAAGAGCAAGAUCCAGCUGGAGGCCAAACUCAAAGAGACGACCGAGAGGCUGGAGGAUGAGGAGGAGAUGAACGCUGAGUUGACUGCCAAGAAGAGGAAGCUGGAGGAUGAGUGCUCUGAGCUGAAGAAGGACAUUGAUGACCUGGAGCUCACCCUGGCCAAAGUGGAGAAGGAGAAGCACGCCACUGAAAACAAGGUCUCGUAGACAGUCUAAACAUCCAAACAAAAAUCUACUCAAAACAUAGUUAAACAGAAAUGGAUUUCAAGUUGUUUUGUAGGUGUAGGGAAAUGAAGACACAAAAUAGUGGAAUUUCAGAUGCAGUUUUUCUCCGCACAUUCAAUACAUGUUCUGUUCCCCCUCAUUUAUGACUUCUAUUCAGUACACUGGCAUGGUGUACAGCGCCAUUUAGUGUUGAAUAGUACAGUACUUGUGGACACAAUUAUAAUCUGAAUGAAUUUAAUGCAAUAUAUAUCAAACUAAAUCUCCCCUUCGUGGUGAAGUGACCAAAGACUUACAUUUGUUGUGGACGUUUUCAGGUUAAAAACCUGACAGAGGAGAUGGCAUCUAUGGAUGAGAGUGUUGCCAAGCUGACCAAGGAGAAGAAAGCCCUCCAAGAGGCCCACCAGCAGACACUGGACGACCUGCAGGCAGAGGAGGACAAAGUCAACACUCUGACCAAGGCCAAGACCAAGCUGGAACAGCAAGUGGACGACGUGAGUGGAGUUUGACAUUUUGACCAUGAUUGUAUGUAAGAUGAUAUUAUCUUCAGUUGGUUAGAUUUGAACAUUACAUGUGUGUUUUUAUCUUGUAGCUUGAGGGUUCUCUGGAGCAAGAGAAGAAGCUCCGUAUGGACCUUGAGCGAGCCAAGAGAAAGCUGGAGGGAGAUCUGAAACUGGCCCAGGAGUCCAUAAUGGACCUGGAGAAUGACAAGCAGCAGUCUGAUGAGAAAAUCAAGAAGUGAACACAAACAAAUUACUACAGUAUUACCUGCCAUAUUGAUCAACAUAAUGGUUGUUCCUGGCUUAGACUUGUAAUUAUGAAUUAGGAUUUGUAUGUUUUUCUAAAAAGCAAAGUGAAUGGUAUUAUAUUCUCCCUUCACACUAUCAAACCAAAACCAACUCUGCAAUCGACGUGUUUGUGUUUCUUAGGAAGGACUUUGAGACCACCCAGCUCCUCAGCAAGAUUGAGGAUGAGCAGUCUCUGGGAGCUCAGCUGCAGAAGAAGAUCAAGGAACUCCAGGUACAGUACAGGAUCUAAGCUCCAGUACAGGAAAGCACACACCUGAAUCAUUUCCUUAAAAAAUGAUUCUGGUAGCACACAUAUUUUCUGGUGGCUUCUGAUGGCUCAGUAAGUUGGAAGAUGGUGCUUCUUACUGGUGCUUUUAACCGUUGUAAAGAUGGUGCUUCUUACCGUUGUGGUUUUGGUUGCCACAUUGGACACUGUCUACUGAAGAUAUUAGUGUGACUGGCUUUGUAUUAAGAAAUGUAUGCAAAAUAUACAUACUAUUAUUAUUUUGUGAGGUUCAAUUGUUUCAACUGUAUUGUAGUGUUCAUCCCCCCCUUGUAGUGUUCAUCCCCCCUACUCCUGCCCCCUGUUCUAGGCCCGUAUUGAGGAGCUGGAGGAGGAAAUUGAGGCUGAGCGUGCUGCUAGGGCUAAGGUUGAGAAGCAGAGGGCCGAUCUCUCCAGGGAACUUGAGGAGAUCAGCGAGAGGCUGGAGGAGGCCGGAGGUGCCACUGCUGCUCAGAUUGAGAUGAACAAGAAGCGUGAGGCUGAGUUCCAGAAGCUGCGUCGUGAUCUUGAAGAGUCCACCCUUCAGCAUGAGGCCACAGCCGCCGCUCUGCGCAAGAAGCAGGCCGACAGUGUGGCUGAGCUCGGGGAGCAGAUCGACAACCUGCAGCGAGUCAAGCAAAAGCUGGAGAAGGAGAAGAGUGAGUACAAGAUGGAGAUUGAUGACCUCUCCAGCAACAUGGAGGCCGUCGCCAAGGCUAAGGUGAGUAGUGAUGUUUUGGUCAAGCAGUGUUGAGGAGGGUCAACUUCAUUACCAUUCAAGUGCACUGAAGUUGACAGGAGUCCCAUAUGUUUCACUAACAGGGCAAUCUGGAGAAGAUGUGCCGUACUCUUGAGGACCAGCUGAGCGAGAUCAAGACUAAGAAUGAUGAGAAUGUUCGCCAGGUCAACGACAUCAGCGGACAGAGGGCCAGACUCCUGACAGAAAAUGGUAACCAUCAACAAUGAACAACAAACCAAUGUAGUACACCUCAGCUGUACACAAUAACAUGUGUUGGUGGCUGUAAGUCCAGUCCACAUAGUGUCUCCUGCACUAUUCACCACCUAACAUUGCCCUACGAUACUUCAAAAUACAUUUUAAAUCUUAGAGAGCAGAGACCCUAUUAACACAAUGCCCCCUCUUUCCCUGCAGGCGAGUUUGGCCGCCAGCUGGAGGAGAAGGAAGCCCUGGUGUCUCAGCUGACCAGAGGCAAACAGGCCUUCACCCAGCAGGUGGAGGAGCUGAAGAGGCAGAUUGAGGAGGAGAUCAAGGUAAGGGACCCAAAAUGGACUCCACCUACCACAGUUUAGAGCCAUGUCUUCGUGAAGACGGUGACUACGCCACUCUCAGAGACUGUUUUACUCUCUCUCUAAUCUCUCUUUGUCUUUGUCUUUCUUGCUUUCUUUCUCAGGCUAAAAACGCACUGGCCCACGGUGUUCAGUCUGCCCGCCAUGACUGUGACCUCCUGAGGGAGCAGUUUGAGGAGGAGCAAGAGGCCAAGGCAGAGCUGCAACGUGGCAUGUCCAAGGCCAACAGUGAGGUGGCUCAGUGGAGGACUAAGUAUGAAACUGAUGCCAUCCAGCGCACAGAGGAGCUGGAGGAGGCCAAGUGAGUUGUACACAACAGCAAAAACACAACUAUAGGGUGGUAGUGGGCUCUGAGAAAAUGUUAAGUCAAUAUGUAUUGUAACAUUUGUUUCACAACAAAUUGUUCACCAUAAAACCACCCUCUGUCGUCCAACAGGAAGAAGCUGGCCCAGCGUCUGCAGGAGGCAGAGGAGACCAUUGAGGCGACGAACUCCAAGUGCGCCUCCUUGGAGAAGACCAAGCAGAGGCUACAGGGAGAGGUGGAGGACCUCAUGAUUGACGUUGAGAGAGCCAACGCAAUGGCCGCCAACCUCGACAAGAAGCAGAGGAACUUUGACAAGGUGAACAUUUAUAAACCUAACCCUAGUGUGAUAUUUUCUGUGUGCUAUUUGAUCAAUUGUUGUACAAUCGUAACAUAUUUCUGAUUCAAAACUCUCCAUCAAUUAGUUCUAAUGAAAAUCCCAUGUAUUUCCCUAGGUUCUGGCAGAGUGGAAGCAGAAGUAUGAGGAGGGUCAGGCUGAGCUGGAAGGAGCUCAGAAGGAGGCUCGCUCUAUGAGCACUGAACUCUUCAAGAUGAAGAACUCCUACGAGGAGGCUCUGGAUCAACUGGAGACUCUGAAGAGAGAGAACAAGAACCUGCAACGUGAGCAUUUGACAGCAGUUCUAUUUUUUGAAAAUGGAGGGAACUGUAAUCAUCAAAAUUACAUCAAAAUUACUAUUACACCAUCUCAGAAUUGUUUUAUGUACUGUUUAAAGUAUUAUUGUCUGAACUUGUAAUCUGUAUUCUUUCGAACAACCCAAGGAAGUAGGUGGCAAUUCGAUUUGCAAGACCAUAUGAAGUGAUGUUACUAAUGAACUGUUAUUAUGAUUCAAUGUCAACUUUAGUGCAUUGGCGAUCUCCACUGAAAAUCUCCCGAGCCUAAACUGCUCCUGUGUUUGUGUGUGCAGAGGAGAUCUCUGACCUGACUGAGCAGAUCGGAGAGACUGGCAAGAGCAUCCAUGAGCUGGAGAAGGCAAAGAAGACCGUGGAGACAGAGAAGUCUGAGAUCCAGACCGCUCUGGAGGAGGCUGAGGUACAAACUACAGCUGUUUGAUGGGAAAAGCAAUUCCUGCUACGGUCCAAUGCUUUCUUUAUUGGUGUUUAUUGUAGUCAUAUAUAUUUAAUUCCUUGUGUUAUACACAUCCAAAUACAAAUGUAUUGAACACAAUUCGCCUGACUGCUUCUCUUUGUCCAGGGAACACUGGAGCACGAGGAAUCCAAGAUUCUGCGCGUGCAGCUGGAGCUGAACCAGAUCAAGGGUGAGGUGGACAGGAAGAUCGCUGAGAAGGACGAGGAGAUGGAGCAGAUCAAGAGGAACAGCCAGAGGGUGGUUGACUCCAUGCAGAGCAACCUGGACUCUGAGGUCAGGAGCAGGAAUGACGCCCUGAGGGUGAAGAAGAAGAUGGAGGGAGACCUGAACGAGAUGGAGAUCCAGCUGAGCCACGCCAACAGGCAGGCCGCUGAGGCUCAGAAACAGCUGAGGAACGUCCAGGGACAGCUCAAGGUAAAGGGACUGGGACAUCAGGCAACAAAAAUCUGAACAUGGGGAGGGAUUCGUUGUUUUUUUAUCUGUAAAAAAGAAUAGAAGAGAGGAAUUUAAUAGAGUGGACUAAUAUACUGUUGAAAGGAAUGGACAUUUGGGAAAUUAUUAUCAAUUAAAAUGUCUAUCACUGAUCCUAUUGCCCAUGAGUCUUAAUGAACCUAUGUCAUUGUGAACCCCAGGAUGCCCAAUUGCACCUUGAUGACGCUGUCCGCGCCUCAGAGGACAUGAAGGAGCAGGCAGCCAUGGUGGAGCGCAGAAACGGUCUGAUGGUGGCUGAAAUCGAGGAGCUGAGAGUUGCUCUGGAGCAGACAGAGAGAGGCCGCAAAGUGGCUGAGACUGAGCUGGUAGACGCCAGCGAGCGUGUUGGACUGCUGCACUCCCAGGUACGGGUCAAAAGCUAUUUCUAAUAAAACCUAGCAUAUCGUUUACACGCACCUGGAAUUCGACAGUGCUUGCUUUUAGAUUUUCAUAAUUCUGCCCUUGUGACUUGUGAGUUCUCGAGAGUCAAACAAAUGGUCUUGUUUCCUCCUCCAGAACACCAGCCUUCUGAACACCAAGAAGAAGCUGGAGACUGACCUGGUGCAGGUGCAGGGAGAGGUGGACGACAUCGUCCAGGAAGCCAGGAACGCAGAGGACAAGGCCAAGAAGGCCAUCACUGACGUGAGUCCUUAUGAUCUCUAUUGAAUUACAUCAACUUGAUUUUGUCCAUAAGGGCCAAUGGUAGGUGGGCUGGUUAACCACAACAAAGAUCUCAGAGGGACGUUAUGAUUGGUGCAGUGUUGGAAAUCCCAGACCUAUGGGCAACAGCACUAGGUCUAGGAAUCAUGUCGGAUUUUCUUGGCCAAUUCGGGAAGGGUGCUAUUUUGACAGACAACUCUCCCAACAAAUCACACAUCUGGGUAGGCGGGCUUUACGGCAGGACUCCGGACGGAUUUUACGGCACUCAACUCCCCCCUUUCCUCUGUCAAAUUGACGUUGGUUUUAGUACAGACGAGUAUGCUGGAACAUUCGUACAUUGUGAGAGGCAACCCGUCUGUCUAGAGAGACUAUGAUUGGUGCCAAUCGGUGCAUAAAUUAAACAAACUACCAUUCCAGGCGGCCAUGAUGGCUGAGGAGCUGAAGAAGGAGCAGGACACCAGCUCUCACCUGGAGAGGAUGAAGAAGAACCUGGAGGUCACGGUCAAGGACCUGCAGCACCGCCUGGAUGAGGCUGAGAAUCUGGCCAUGAAGGGAGGCAAGAAGCAGCUCCAGAAACUGGAGUCCAGGGUGAGUUAACAGCAGUGUGGAUUGAAAGACUGAUUGCUGGAAAUGUAUUUGAUCAUAUAAAAAUACACAGAAGCAUUGUGUAAUGAUUUUUUCUCUCAAUAACCCCCUUAGAUAAUGAAAAGCUGUUGUUAUGAUUACAAACCCCUUCAAUUAAAAAUUUACCAGUACACAGGAACAGACAACAUUGUGCCUCCUUGACUGAGUAGUAGAAGAAGAUACCUCUGUUUUACUAAGAUAUGUGACGUCUUUCAACACCUUUAAAUACAUACCUACGUCCAUUUCUUCCACGAAGGUGCGUGAGCUGGAGACCGAGGUGGAGGCCGAGCAGAGAAGAGGUGUAGACGCGGUCAAGGGAGUCCGCAAGUAUGAACGCAGAGUCAAGGAGCUCACCUACCAGGUAAGAGAAUGUGCCUUCUUCACACACUUGACACUAACACAGACAGGUUUGUGAAUAAAACGAUGGGGAAUUGAUUCUUUGAUCUUCUCCCACAGACUGAGGAGGAUAAGAAGAACGUUGGCAGACUUCAGGACCUGGUAGAUAAGCUGCAGUUGAAAGUGAAGGCCUACAAGAGGCAGGCUGAGGAAGCGGUGAGUCACAGACUUAGUCAAAUACUCUGAAAGCAUACAUAUUUUCCCCCUAGUAGACAUUACAAAACUUCAUGUCCAUACCGUUUAGUUGAAGUAAGUGCUACUGCACAUCAGUCAACAAUGACUCAAUUGAUAACGGAAAUAAUUGAUGUGUUAUGUGUUACCAACUUAAAGGAGAGGGGGUUCAAUAUUAAUAUUAAUAUUGCGGUUUGAUCCCCCGUUCUGCAACUCACUUUCUCUGCUGUAUCAUCUAACAUACAUUGCUAUCUGUCAAUAAAAAAGCUUUCAAAUACUUACGAAGUAUAUUUAUUAAUUUGCUACCCGAAGCUUCAAACUUUGAAUGCUGAAGUUCUGCUCUCCUCUCUUUCCUCACCCAGGAGGAAGCAGCCAACCAGCACAUGUCUAAGUUCAGGAAGGUUCAGCAUGAGCUGGAGGAGGCUGAGGAGCGUGCUGACAUCGCUGAGACUCAGGUCAACAAGCUCAGAGCCAAGACCCGCGAAGGUGGAAAGGUACUGAGCUGCUGCUAAACCUGACUCGUAGAUCAAAGAUGACCACAUCAACAACACCUAUGAAUUAGCCUUCACAGAGGUCAAUACGGACCUUUUACACUCACUGAAAUGUAUUUAAGACCUCUAAGAAGCACAUUUCAGGUAGUGUGAUUUGUUGGUAAUUUAAGCUGAGCACUGAGCAUUAAAUUCUUGAUCCAUUAUAUUAUUUCCAAGUGUUCAUACAUUUUGUUCUAUUAUUGUUAUUCAAUACUGAUCUAUGCUUUUCUUUCUUCUUACAGGGCAAGGAAGCUGCUGAAUAGACCAAUGUAUUGAAGAUCAAAGUCUUUAACAUUUUCCUGUGUUGCAUAAAAUAUGAUUUUCAUGGUUAAGUGUUUUGCGUUGAUUAAAAACAUGUAGUCCUACGUACA